UCAAGUCGAACUUACCGAUCAGAGUCGCUGUCAGAAGGAUUUGACAGACAGACAGUCGGCCUGUCAGCAAGAUUGAUAGCAUUAUAAGACAGUCAGCCACCAGUCAACAGGAAUGUCGAGCGUUGAAUGUCGAAUAAUGUUGACAUCAUCACAGACCACGGGCAGUGAUUUAGCAGCGUCUGGCAUGUCGAGCAUAGGGAUUUUGGAAGCGCACAAGCUCAGCCUCGACUCGCAAUGAUAGCGAUGAUAGCGAUGAUAGCGACGAUAACGAACGAUCCCUUGCGAGACGUAGCGAAGAUAGUAGCGAUCAGCUCAUUGUAGGAUGCCUCGCAAUGACCCCGUCGCUAUCGCUGCCGUGUCCGGAUAGCGACCAGCUCGUUGCGAGGCAUAGCCGUCCCAGCCCGUUCCUAGUCCUACAAUAUAGUUUUCGCCCAUUCGCGUUGUUCAUUCAUGAUCGCAUGAGUGAGGAGUCUAUUUUUUAGGCGCCUCAAAAUUAUAGUUUUCGCCCAUUCGCUUUGUUCAUUCAUGAUCGCAUAAGCACUCGCUGCUCCCUUCGUCGUUUUGUUCGAUCGACUCGGCUAGUCGCGACGCAAUGUCGACGAGACCACGGAGCGGUUUCCCACCAUUAGUAGCUGCGUGCUUCUGUCACUCUCUCGCACUUCUCGCCCCUUCAAGCUUCUGCUGCUCGGAGCGCUGGAGGAGAAAGCAAGAGCGAAGUUUCCGCCGAGACCGUCGCGGUGCAUGGUCGAGCGCGAGAUAUCUCGCGAACUCCGCCCCUCGGAUGGAACAGCUGGAACCAUUUCCAAUGCAACGUCACCGAAGACAUUGUGCGAACCCAAGCGGACAAGCUCGUAUCCUCGGGACUCGCAGCCCUUGGAUACAUCUAUGUCAACAUCGAUGAUUGCUGGCAGGCCGACUCCCGAGACUCUGAGGGUCGCCUGGUGCCUUCGCCCGACUCCUUCCCUUCGGAAUCAAGGCGCUUGCGGACUAUGUGCACAGCAGGGGGCUCAAGCUGGGGAUCUACUCCGAUGCUGGGUUUCGUACGUGCGCAGGCAAGCCAGGCUCACUUGGGCAUGAGGCUACGGAUGCAUCCACUUUCGCUGAAUGGGGAGUUGACUACCUCAAGUAUGACAACUGUAUUAACGAUGGGAGUCCAAGCCAGAAGCGGUACACGGCCAUGCGCAAUGCACUGGACGCCACUGGGAGGGGCAUCUUCUUCUCCAUGUGCGAAUGGGGACUGAGCGCCCCUGCCACGUGGGCGUAUGGCGUGGCUGACACAUGGCGCACCACCCUUGACAUUGAGGACACGUGGAGGAGCAUGAUUGGAAUCGCCGACGCCAACAACAAGUGGGCCAAAUACGCCAAGCCGGGCGGGUGGAAUGACCCCGACAUGCUGCAGGUGGGGAAUGGCGGCAUGAGAGAGUCGGAGUACCGCGUGCACUUCAGCCUCUGGGCCAUCAUGAAGGCGCCUCUCCUGAUUGGCUGUGACCUCUCUGCGGCAUCGGAUGAGACAAUGAGCAUUCUGAGCAACGAAGAGGUCGUUGCUGUUAACCAGGACCCGCUGGGAGUGCAGGCGAGAAAGGUGCAUCUCUCUAACAACUCCCUCCUGGAGGUUUGGUCCGGACCUCUGUCUGAGGGUCGGCAAGUAGUGGCGUUGGUGAACCGUAGUCAGAGGAGCAAGAAUGUGACUGCCAGCUGGGAAGCAAUUGGCCUCAAUCCGGUGCAGCCGAUGCAUGCACGCGACCUCUGGAAGAAUGCCACCAUGGAUUCGGCCAUCUCGGGUAAACUGCGCGCUCGUGUUGCGAGCCAUGGUGUGCGAUUGUUUGUGAUCUGGCCCGUUGCAGAUGCCUAGCCCAACUGAAUAUAAUUAGGAAACAAUGGCUCUUGCAAUAAGUAAAAAACGCAGCCUGGCUAUGUAUCUUGGCUAUGUAUACAAUGUACAUUACCUGGUAUAUUGGUGGCGUGUUUUUACUGCCU